AUGGCUGAUUUACGUACUGAUGCGAAUGGUCUGCAGAAGCUCCACGUCCGAGUGCCGGAAGUACUGCUGCAGGCUAUCGAAGCUAAUAGGCUCAAAUUUGGAUCUGCAUUCAAACCGAAGAUUCGGUUCAAUCCCAACGGUCAGGCCUGCAUCUACAUCCCGUCCGGAACUGGUGAAGACCAAAAUUUUACCAUUUCCGUUACGGACGAAGUGGUGAAUGACCCAUCGGUUAAUGUUCCGUGUGGUUUAUUAACUUCGGCUCAGAACGCGACCAGCAAAGAGAACGACCCGACAUUCGGCGCCAAAAGACCAUGCGACACUAACGACGAAGGCGUUAUGCCCAGAUGCAAGAAGCCACGGAUUAGCCACUAUCAGAAGAACAACCGCUCUAAUGGGACACCAAACGUACAGCAGAAAGCAGCACCCAAGGACAUGCCUAGUUCCAAGACACCACGGAACCCAAAAAAUAACGUAGAAGUGAAUAGUUUAGAGGAGGAUUUCGCCGCUAAGUAUACUGCAAUAUCCUCGGUAGAACAACGGCGACAAUAUAAAAAGGAAUUUGACGAUGAUUUUAAGGAAUAUCUUCGGUUGCAAGAAAGCAUUAACCGAAUCAAGAAGAAGUUCGCCCAGCUAGAGGAAGAUCUGCGACGAGAGCGCCACUUAGGGCAGGUUAAGCAAAUACAGCAGAAAAUUCUAAGAGAGUAUCGAAAUGUAGGGUUUACAGUAAAAGCGGAAAGACUUACCUACCUACACAAAAAGCUAGGCUUCAUAAAACGAUUAGUAAAAGACUAUGACGCGAUUUCGAUGUGA